CACAGUCCGGGUCUGGGUCUCUGAGGCUCUCAGGUUCGCCGUGUUGCUUAAUUAGGACAUCCCGGAAGAGUGCGACCGGAGCUCCUGCUGCUGCUGCUGCUGCUGCUGCGCACAGCCGAGAGGGGAGGACGCACUGGACCGCAUGGUGAAGGCGCACAGCCCAGAACAAACCGGACGGAAAUACUAACAAACCCAACUCAAGACGACGGCAGAAGCUUGCUGAGGAGCAAAGGAGGGAGGAUUGUCACAAUGGAGGAUUUAAUGCAGCGGUUGGAGCGGGCCGUGACUCGCAUGGAGGAAAUAUCCGUCACAAUGCAGGCGUCCAGCAACAUGCUCAAUGGGAACUGUGUCAACGGUGUAGAUGGAGGUCAGAGUGUGGAGGUCUUCGACGUUCUGCUGAAAGGUCCACUGUCAGAUUAUCUGAACUGCAGCAGAGCUAUAGGAAGUGAAGUGGAGAAACACGCUGAGAUGGUGAAUGAGGCGCUGCAGACUCAGAGACAGUUUCUUCAGAUGGCUUCCACGCACCAGGAACCGGCACAGAUGGAGCUCCAAGACCUGCUGAAGCCAAUCUCCGAUCACAUCCAGGAGAUCCAGAACUUCAGGGAGCGAAACCGAGGCAGCUCACUCUUCAACCACCUGUCGGCCGUCAGCGAGAGCAUUCCCGCCCUGGGCUGGGUGGCAGUGAGUCAGAAACCAGGUCCGUACGUGAAGGAGAUGAACGAUGCAGCCACCUUCUACACCAACAGAGUGCUGAAGGACUACAAGGAAAUCGACAGACGUCAUGUGGACUGGGUACACGCCUACCUGUCAAUCUGGACUGAGAUGCAGUCCUUCAUCAAGCAGCACCACACCACAGGACUGGCGUGGAGCAAGACUGGUCCCAUUGCUCCUGUGUCUCUCUUAGACUCGUCUCCGCCGCCCAGUGCUCCCUGUCCGCCGCCUCCUCCUCCUCCUCCUCCUCCUCCCGGCCCUCCUCCGGUCUUCACUGAUGACGACUCCAAGCCUCAGACAGGCAGUGCAACACCUGAGCACUCAGCUUUGUUUGCCCAGCUCAACCAGGGCAUGGACAUCACUAAAGGUCUGAAACACGUCUCGGAUGAGCAGAAGACUCAUAAGAACCCCAACCUUCGUUCUCAGGCAUCACCGAUCAAAACCAAAGAUCCCCAGCAUGCGAACACUCCCAAAGCAGCAGCUCAGAAAAGACUCCCUCUGCUGGAGCUGGAGGGGAAAAAGUGGAGGGUGGAAAACUUUGAGCAGAAACACGACCUGGUGAUCGAGGAGACAGAGUUGAAACAGGUGGUGUACGUCUUUGGCUGCAGCAACUCCACCCUGCAGGUCAAAGGCAAAAUUAACUCCAUCAUCGUAGAUAAUUGUAAAAAGCUCGGUCUGGUUUUUGAGAAUGCCGUUGGGAUCGUAGAGAUAAUCAACUCUAGAAGCAUCCAGCUUCAGGUGUUGGGAGUUGUUCCUACUAUUUCCAUCAACAAGACCGAGGGCUGCCAGGUCUACCUGAGCAAAGCCGCUCUGAACUGUGACAUCGUCAGUGCCAAGAGCUCCGAGAUGAACAUCCUGAUCCCAGCGGGAGACGACGACUAUAGGGAGUUUCCCGUCCCGGAGCAGUUCAAGACCGUUUGGGACGGCUCCAGGCUGGUGACGGAACCCACUGAGAUUGCAGGAUGAGUUACAUGUCAGGAAUCCCUUAGAAAUGCGUUCACACCCCCCUUGAAUGUUUUCACCUUUCGUAACGUCACAAACACAACCUUCAUUGUAUUUCGUUAGGGUUUAAUGUGACAGACCAACAAAAAGUAGUUUGCAACUGUGAAUUGGAAGGAUAAACACACUUUUAUAAAUGCUCACAAAUUCAGCAUAUAUGCAGGACACCUGUGUAUCCAGUAGCCCGUUACUCCAAUACCAUUUAAUAAAAUUUAGUACAAAUAAUUGCAUUCAUAACUCAUCUAACUUGUAAAUAAAGUUUAUCUGUAUGCAAUAGAAACUCGGUGCAACGAUCAUUCUCUCCGGCAGGGACAGAUAAGGGUUUAUAGAAAGGUGAAUAAAGCUAAAUGGUGGAAGUUCACUUUCCUGCAGAAUAACAAUGCUAAACAUACAACGGGAUUAAAAAAAAAA